CAGCCGGGCGCUGCAGCAGUGCGGGCAGCUCCAGAAGCUCAUCGACAUCUCUAUCGGCAGCCUGCGCGGGCUGCGCACCAAGUGCGCUGUGUCCAACGACCUCACCCAGCAGGAGAUCCGGACCCUGGAGGCGAAGCUGGUCCGGUACAUUUGUAAGCAGAGGCAGUGCAAGCUGAGCGUGGCUCCUGGUGAGAGGACCCCGGAGCUCAACAGCUACCCCCGCUUCAGUGACUGGCUGUACACUUUCAACGUGAGGCCGGAGGUGGUGCAGGAGAUCCCCCACGACCUCACGCUGGAUGCCCUGCUGGAGAUGAACGAGGCCAAGGUGAAGGAGACGCUGCGGCGCUGCGGGGCCAGCGGGGAUGAGUGUGGUCGUCUGCAGUAUGCCCUCACCUGCCUGCGGAAGGUGACAGGCCUGGGAGGGGAACAUAAGGAGGACUCCAGUUGGAGUUCGUUGGAUGCACGGCGGGAAAGUGGCUCGGGGCCUUCCACGGACACUCUCUCACCAGCCAGCCUGCCCUGGCCCCUGGGGAGCUCCCAGAUGGGCAGAGCAGGCAACAGUGCCCAGGGCCCACGCUCCGUCUCCGUGUCAGCUCUGCCUGCCUCAGACUCCCCCACCCCCAGCUUCAGUGAGGGCCUCUCGGAUACCUGUAUUCCCCUGCAUGCCAGUGGCCGGCUGACCCCUCGUGCCCUGCACAGCUUCAUCACCCCACCCACCACACCCCAGCUGCGACGGCACACCAAGCUGAAGCCACCGCGGACGCCCCCCCCACCCAGCCGCAAGGUCUUCCAGCUGCUGCCCAGCUUCCCCACGCUCACCCGGAGUAAGUCCCACGAGUCUCAGCUGGGGAACCGCAUUGACGAGGUCUCCUCGAUGAGAUUUGAUCUCUCGCAUGGAUCCCCACAGAUGGUACGGAGGGAUAUCGGGCUGUCGGUUACACACAGGUUCUCCACCAAGUCCUGGCUGUCGCAGGUCUGCCACGUGUGCCAGAAGAGUAUGAUAUUUGGAGUGAAGUGCAAGCAUUGCAGGUUGAAGUGUCACAACAAAUGUACCAAAGAAGCCCCUGCCUGUAGAAUAUCCUUCCUGCCAUUAACUCGGCUUCGGAGGACAGAAUCUGUCCCCUCGGACAUCAACAACCCGGUGGACAGAGCAGCCGAACCCCAUUUUGGAACCCUUCCCAAAGCACUGACAAAGAAGGAGCACCCUCCAGCCAUGAAUCACCUGGACUCCAGCAGCAACCCUUCCUCCACCACCUCCUCCACACCCUCCUCGCCGGCGCCCUUCCCAACAUCAUCCAACCCAUCCAGCGCCACCACGCCCCCCAACCCCUCACCUGGCCAGCGGGACAGCAGGUUCAACUUCCCAGCUGCCUACUUCAUUCAUCAUAGACAGCAGUUUAUCUUUCCAGUGCCAUCUGCUGGCCACUGCUGGAAAUGCCUCCUUAUUGCAGAAAGUUUAAAGGAAAACACUUUCAAUUCAGUAAACAUUUCGGCGUUUGCACAGGCAGCCCCGCUCCCUGAAGCUGCCGACGGUACCCGGCUCGACAACCAGCCGAAAGCAGACGUGUUGGAGGCUCACGAAGCGGAGGCUGAGGAGCCAGAGGCUGGCAAGUCAGAGGCAGAAGACGACGAGGACGAGGUGGACGACUUGCCAAGCUCUCGCCGGCCCUGGCGGGGCCCCAUCUCUCGCAAGGCCAGCCAGACCAGCGUGUACCUGCAGGAGUGGGACAUCCCCUUCGAGCAGGUAGAGCUGGGUGAGCCCAUCGGGCAGGGCCGCUGGGGCCGGGUGCACCGCGGCCGCUGGCAUGGCGAGGUGGCCAUUCGCCUGCUGGAGAUGGACGGCCACAACCAGGACCACCUGAAGCUCUUCAAGAAAGAGGUGAUGAACUACCGGCAGACGCGGCACGAGAACGUGGUGCUCUUCAUGGGGGCCUGCAUGAACCCGCCCCACCUGGCCAUUAUCACCAGCUUCUGCAAGGGGCGGACAUUGCACUCGUUUGUGAGGGACCCCAAGACGUCUCUGGACAUCAACAAGACGAGGCAAAUCGCACAGGAGAUCAUCAAGGGCAUGGGAUAUCUUCAUGCCAAGGGCAUCGUACACAAAGAUCUCAAAUCUAAGAAUGUCUUCUAUGACAAUGGCAAGGUGGUCAUCACAGACUUCGGGCUGUUUGGGAUCUCGGGCGUGGUCCGAGAGGGACGGCGUGAGAACCAGCUAAAGCUGUCCCACGACUGGCUGUGCUAUCUGGCCCCUGAGAUCGUACGCGAGAUGACCCCUGGGAAGGACGAGGAUCAGCUGCCGUUCUCCAAAGCUGCUGAUGUCUAUGCGUUUGGAACUGUUUGGUAUGAGCUGCAAGCAAGAGACUGGCCCUUGAAGAACCAGGCUGCGGAGGCAUCCAUCUGGCAGAUUGGAAGCGGGGAAGGAAUGAAGCGUGUCCUGGCUUCUGUCAGCCUGGGGAAGGAAGUCAGUGAGAUCCUGUCGGCCUGCUGGGCUUUCAACCUGCAGGAGAGACCCAGCUUCAGCCUGCUGAUGGACAUGCUGGAGAAACUUCCCAAGCUGAACCGGCGGCUCUCGCACCCUGGACACUUCUGGAAGUCAGCUGAGUAA